CCGCUUAACACUAAACACAGAAUGAAUGAAUGAAAAUGAAUGAAAAUCUUUAUUUUGACACGCUGGCCUAGUCAACUGUGGUUGAUUUCCACAAGGGAAAACAAUUACAAAAUUUACUAAGAAAUAAAUUAUCUACAGAAGAGAAGUUUAAAUAUUUACAGAGUUUAGUUUAUUCUAUUCUGAUUUCUAUUUUCGUUUUGUCAAUUAAUUUACCAAGAAAUAUUAAAUUUGCCAAUGUACUCAGGUAUUUGAACAUCCGUGGCGAUAUUUUGUUUAUGAUAUGCGCAGUUCGUUACUGUAGUAUGGUGUACUUGUUCAACCGAUUUCUACAACCGAUUUCUGCAACUGUAGUGUGCGCGAAACGAUUAAAACGUCAACGACAAACCAUGCUUCUCAUUUAUAUUGUCUUUACUGUUGUCAUACGGAGGGUGAAUAACACACAGAUGUCACAGCAAUCUUUGAAGAUUUCUCGCGGUUUCUACGACACAUUUCAAAACCCGAGUUGCUUUGGCAACGAAUGCAGCAAUUGCUCUUUUAUUAACGCCAAAUGCAUCAUCACUGGGAAUGGUUGGUGUUUACAAUGUACAUGUUUUGGCCAAUACAGAACGUAUCUUAGUAAAUUUGAUGGUUCUGGCAAGUGUGUAAAGGAUAUUAGACUUCUGUAUUAUCCAGAUAAAGGCAAAUCAAUGAUGAUAAAGCAGCAUAGAAGCAAUCCAAGUAAAUGCUUUGCUUUUCGCUUUGGGCAAGCGUGUGCUGAGUCUUGCGAUAAAGAUGACCCGUAUCAGAAGUGGAUGUGGACACGAUACGAUCAAAUCUUCCAUCUGAAAACAGGAACAUGUUUGGAAGGCGGUUUAACGAAUUCGAGCCUUUAUCUACGAUAUUGCAGCGUCUCUAAUUCUGAUCAAAUUUGGAAAUGUCAUGGCAGUCACAUCCUGAGACAAACACAUUACUUAAGUUUUAAUAAAGAUAAUAACAAAAUAUUGCUUAAGCAUAUAAGUCAAGUUCAGUCAAGUAAUAUCUACUGGGAAGACUUUGACCCACCAAACCUUUUGUGUCGACCAAAGAAAAUGAUGUGCUGCGAAUUUACGAAUCCAUCGUCUUUUGUUUUGGUUCUUGACACAAAGACAGGUGGCGGAGAACGGCAAGUUAAGAUUCCCAAGAAUCAUAAAAACUGUCAUCCAUUGGAAAUAUUUUCGUUGAAAAAAGACGAAUGGAAAUCAUUUAGUUCAUCCGAUCAAGUAUUCUCCAUGGAAGGCAAAAAACUGAAGUGGAAUUUUAAUAAAACAUCGUCAUUAACCACAUGGAGUAACAAGAUCUUGCGAGUGAACUUUCAAUGCACCACCACUCCAAACAAUAGUAAAAAUGUUUGCAUCAUUGUAAAAAUAAAACCAGAAAUACCUGUUGCUACCACGAGAGGUCCGUUCAUGAAAUCUUCUUCGCCAAAAGUUGCUACAAUUGUAAAUUCCAAAAACACAGUAUUGAUGCCACGUACUAAACCAAAAGCAAAAACAAAUGCGACAUAUACGACAAUCCAAGCUUCAACCAAAUCAUCAAGCACUGCAACUCUAUUUUCGGUGACUGUAACUUCUACUCCUGAAACAGAAACAGGUAAUAAGACAGAUAAGACUCCAAGAAGAUUGUCUACCUCACACUUACCAGUGACAAAUGGCAAAGAAACAUCCGAAGGUACUCAAAUUCAGAAACCAUCUGGUGAUAGAAAAAUGCAGAAAAAAGAAUCUUCGAAUGCCCUUCCCAUCGUUGGUGGUUCGGUUGCUGCCCUUUUAACCUUGAUUUGCUCCAUUCUUGGUAUCAUUUGCUUCAGAAGAAGAAGCAGCUUCAAAAAACACCCUUCCAUUGUUGAAAUCAACGGCAAACAAGCUGGAGAAAAAGACAAUGUUUCAGUGGCAAAUCUACACAAAAACCCUACAUUCGAUGAUGACAAUGGAGUUUACCAAGAACCGGAUUUAAUUGUGAAUUCUGCUUCCAGUGCUUGCAAACUUUACGAACCAGCAGAUAAACACGAAUAUGAUUACGCAAAGGUUGAACAAAGAUAUGAACAACCAGAACAGUUUGAGUAUGAUUACGUUGACAGCAGCGGUAUUGCAAAACCAUUUAAAAAUGGCGUUCAUUUUUCAAAAAGUGAAAACACGUUGCCAAACGUAGAGAAAGUGAAUGAAACAAAAGAAGACGGUGAAGUCGUUUACAACACGAUAGAACCUGACGAUCUUGAACCUGUUUACCACACCCUUGAAUGACUGGAUAACGAAUAUGAGUAAUACAUACACAUGGCGGUUUUAUAUUCUUUUAGUCUGAGAAUGUGUUUCUUAAGACAUUAAAUCUGAACUCAUCGUAAUUUCAUACUUUAAUUAUAAUUUUUAUCCAAAUUCGAUGUUUAAUUUCUUGAUACAAAACUAUUUAUAUUGAUAAUGAAAUAGUAAAUGAAAGACUUCAAACUUAUUUGAUGUUAUGGACAAAAAGAAGUGUAAUAAUCAUUUCUAUUGCUAAUAUACCAAUAAAAGUUAUAAAAGUUGCUUUUUAGAAA